GUAGGAGGGAGGAGGCAAGCCACAUCACACACGCACACACCUCCCUGCAUGUGAUUAAAUGUCUUGAAAUCUGCUUCUGAUUUCGUCGGGGAGUUGACUUUUCCCUUCUUUUCAACCCCUGGAUUUAUUGAAACCUUUUUACUCCGCUUCAAGGCAGCAGCUGGGGCUAAGUUUCUUCCGUCUUGCCUGUUUUUUCCUCUUUUCCCUUUUUCUCUCGUCCCUCCCAGCAGCAGUUCAGUGAGAUCCAGGAGAAAGGAGGAGUGCAGCAGCUGGGAGAACCUUGAGAAGCGGCCAAGGGACUCGAGGACCAGGCGAGGGGCUGCUGCAGACCACAUCGUGCGGUGGCUUGGCUUUGCUUUACCUCCCCUUCCCCCGAGAUAAAUAAACAAAAAUCUUACCCCCGCGUCUGUGUAAAAGGGCUUUGGCGUCUGGAAUUACACCCCUUCGGCUGCAUCACUGCUGGGAACCGCGCAUUACCAGGAACCGUCUACCUGCCGGGCUCCCAGGAGGAUUUGGCUUGUGUGUCUUGGAGAGAGCUUGUCCGGCGAGGAUGGAUCUCUUGUACCUCUUACGGCUGCUGCUUACCGCCUGUGUGUUCGGCCUGUCCCAGACAAUCAACCCCUUUGUGGUGCAGCAAACUGCAUCCGACCCUUGCUACGAUGAGAACAGCGCCCCCCGGCGCUGCAUCCCCGAGUUUGUCAAUGCUGCCUUUGGGAAGGAAGUGCAGGCCUCCAGCACGUGUGGGAAGCCUCCCACUCGCCACUGCGAUGCCUCAGACCCCCGCAAAGCCCACCCGGUAUCUUACCUCACGGAUCUCAACACUGCGUCCAACAUGACGUGCUGGCGCUCUGAGAGCCUGCACCUUUCCCCUCAGAAUGUCACGCUCACCCUCUCCCUGGCCAAGAAGUUUGAGGUGAUUUAUGUCAGCCUGCAGUUCUGCUCGGCCCGGCCUGAGUCAGCAGCCAUUUUAAAAUCUAUGGAUUAUGGCAAGACCUGGGUGCCUUACCAGUACUACUCCUCCCAGUGCCGGAAGAUCUACGGCAAGCCCAACAAAGCCACCGUCACCAAGCAAAAUGAGCAGGAGGCGCUGUGCACUGAUGGCCACACAGAUCUGUACCCGCUCACUGGGGGCCUCAUUGCCUUCAGCACGCUGGACGGACGGCCGUCCGCCCAAGACUUUGACAACAGCCCAGUGCUCCAGGACUGGGUGACAGCUACGGACAUCCGGGUCAUUUUCAGCCGCCCCCAUUUGUUCCGGGAGCUGGGGGGCCGGGACAAUGAAGAGGACGAUGGCGGGACCAGCUCGUUUUCAUACUAUUAUGCCGUGGGUGAGUUCCAGGUCGGGGGGCGGUGCAAGUGCAAUGGGCACGCCUCCCGCUGCGUGAAGGACAAGGAGGGCAAGCUUGUGUGUGACUGCAAGCACAACACUGAGGGCCCCGAAUGCGACCGCUGCAAACCCUUCCAUUAUGACCGCCCGUGGCAGAGGGCCAACGCCAGGGAGGCCAACGAGUGUCUAGCCUGCAACUGUAACCUGCAUGCCCGGCGCUGCCGCUUCAACAUGGAGCUGUACAAACUCUCAGGCAGGAAGAGCGGAGGUGUCUGCCUCAACUGUCGCCACAACACAGCCGGCCGGCACUGCCAUUACUGCAAAGAGGGGUUCUACCGGGACAUGAGCAAAUCCAUCAGCGACCGCAAGGCCUGCAAAGCUUGUGACUGCCACCCUGUUGGCGCAGCCGGUAAAACCUGCAACCAGACCACCGGACAGUGCCCAUGCAAAGAUGGUGUGACAGGGCUCACCUGCAAUCGCUGUGCCAAGGGCUACCAGCAGAGCCGGUCACCUGUGGCUCCUUGCAUCAAGAUUCCUGCCAUCAACCCAACCUCCGUGGUCACCAGCACAGAAGAGCCGGCAGACUGUGAUUCGUACUGCAAGCCAGCCAAAGGCAACUACAAGAUUAAUAUGAAAAAAUACUGCAAGAAGGAUUAUGUUGUCCAAGUGAAUGUCUUAGACAUGGAGACAGUGGCCAACUGGGCUAAGUUCACUGUCAACGUCCUCUCGGUCUACAAGUGCCGCGAUGAGCGUGUGAAGCGUGGUGAUAACUUCUUGUGGAUCCACAUGAAAGACCUGGCCUGCAAGUGCCCCAAGAUCCAAAUCAGCAGAAAAUACCUUGUCAUGGGGAUCAGCGAAAACCCCACUGACCGGCCAGGACUCAUGGCUGACAAGAACAGCCUGGUCAUCCAAUGGCGGGAUGCCUGGACCCGGCGCCUGCGGAAACUGCAGCGGCGGGAGAAGAAGGGGAAGUGUUUGAAACCAUGAUGGGUUUUGUGUCUGUCGCUUACUAAAGUCCCCGCUCUAUGCACAUUCUUCAGACUGUUCCCCAGAGACUCUGUAUAUAUAUAUAGCGUGAACAGACUCUCCUGUCUAUAGUGUAUAUUUGCGAUGGGUUCCUUUGUGUGCGUGAAGGCCUGGGUGUGCCUGGGGAUGUGUGUGUCCUUAAUGUUAAUUAAAAGUAACACAGUAAGGACAAGCCUUUAAAGAGGAGUGAAGUGGAGGAUGAGCCCAGUGUUGCUAGGUCUGAAGUUGCUCAGAGGAUAUAAGCAAAAGGCCUCUCCGUCAGGGCCCCUCUCCUGUGUUUCAUUGUUUCUGAUCUCUCUUCACUUUCGGGGGUGAGCUCCAUGCCCUGCCUGCUCCCAGUGUCCGAGCGCAAGUCCUCAGCUCUUCGCUCAGUCACGCUAUACCUGGGUGUGGACUAGUCUAAGCUCUUCAGUCCCCUUCCUAUCCAUAGCAGCUGAAACUAGCCUGGUGUCAGUUCAUGGAUUAUGAGGCCAAAAGAGACUACUGUGAUCAUCUCGUUUGCCCUCCUGCAUAGCACAGGCCAGAGAACUUCUGACUUAACUUCCCCCAUUCCCAUCUUCCACCCUAUUUCAGGUCACCCUGAAGGGAAAGCAAAAGCAUUGGACAUAGAGGGUCAGAUUCUUCUGUCAUAUAUACUGGUAUAGGUAAGGAGUAAGUGCAUGGCUUGCUAAUGGAUUUCCAUAUGCAUACAGUAUGAGAGGAGAUUCCAACCCUGGAGUUCCAUGAAAAAACAAAGUGUCUAAUUUGCCAGUUACAUCAUGUUUAUGCUGAUACACCAUCAUUGAUUUCACUGGUAUGACACUGAUGUGACACAGUGAGAAUCAGGCCCUUUGGGUUUAUUCAGCCACUGCUGGAAUGCACCAGCCCCCACCUGCAGACUUGUCUUAGCCAAGGUCACUGCCAAACAGGGCUGGCUCCAGGGUUUUGGCCGCCCCAAGCAGCCAAAAAAAAAAAAAAAAGCUGCGAUCGCGAUCUGCAGCGGCAAUUCGGCAGGACGUCCUUUGCUCCCAGCGGGAGUGAGGGACCGUCCGCCGAAUUGCCGCCGAAAACCUGGACGUGCCGCCCCUCUCCAGAGCGGCUGGAGCCAGCCCUGCUGCCAAAGGCCCUCUUAUAUCCUCUCAGAAAAUGUGUACGUUUGUGGGGGCAGAUCCUCAGCUGGUGCAAAUCAGCCAAUUUGCAUCAGCUGAGGAUCUGGCUCGACAUGCAUAAUUCAGCUGUGGGCCUGAUUCUGCCCUGCUUUUCACCCAGAGUAGUUAUUUUCAUCUGGGCCAAAGGACUGUGAAAAGCUGCCAUUCGGACUUGGACAAUGUUUUGCAGAGGUGUAAAUGGGGGCAGAAGGUGAAAUCCCAGGAAGAUCGAGUCCUCGGGAUGUUUUUAUGCUUCCCCAGCCCUCUGAGUCUCAAGGAGGCAGGACUGAUAAAGCAAAGCUAAUGCACUGGUGGUUAUGGUGAGAAGCUCUAGUUCACCAGGGCAAGGGAAUUGUAGUCCCUUGACACAGGCACAUUCCAAAUGGGCACAGAGUGGGCCUAGGUGGCUGUUGGAUUGGAUCUACUCAGAGGGCAGGAAAUGGUGCAGCAAGAUAACGGAGCAGCCUGGAAACAGUGUGUGGCGGGAUGAUCCUUGAAAACCAAUUGCCGUGGGCACCUGUGGCUCAGAGAGAUGUUACGCUGUAGAGCAGUUUAAGACUGAGGCUCGUUGGCAGAGCUGUGUGAGGGCCCAGGCCUAGCAUAGGGGCCUUUGCAAGUUAAGAUACUGGCAGAAUUGUGUUUUAGCUCAGGAAUGGAAGAGAAUGUUUUGAGGCCAGACUGAGGUGACCCGUAUGGUGAUGCAGGACUGAACACCAGGAGGUGUUUUGGGGCAUGAUUAAGGUACAUUAGCAGAGCUGGCUGAAGGCCCAGAAUUGGCUUAGCAAAGCUCUUUGAGGUCCAGGAAUGUCAUGCACUGAAGGCCCAUGAAAGCUGGCAGAACAAGGGGUUGCUGAAAAUCAAAAUUGUAUUGGUGUGGGAGGACCAGAGACAGACUAGCAAAUGGUCACGCGAGGUGUGCUGGCUGGACUAGUUUGCCCAGUGCCUGCCUUUGCUGUUCUCACUGCAGACAGUACUAGUAGGCGCACCCUUGUGUUUGCAUUAAUACAAGGAGCAGAGUGGAAAUGCACAUUCCUGACACCUAGUCACUACUCAUGUUAUUUACAUUCAGCCUCCAUCAUGAGAUGGUCUUUGAAUCACAUUUUAUUCUCCCGGCCCCAGCAAUUCAUGUCACCUGGGACCAUACAUGUGGGGCCAUGUUUACUUACAAUGCCAAUACCUGGCCAAUUGUUGAAGUCAAUUGCAAAAAAACCACCCUUUUCUCCUGGGGGGGCUUGAGUUCACACUGCAGCCUGAUUAUCCUCUCAUACCAAUUUUACACCAGUGCAACUUGCUUGACUUGAGUGCAGUUACUCCUCAUUUACCUGGUAUAAGUGUGAUCAGGACCAGACCCACAGUGUGCUGUGUCACACAUAUUUUGCAUACCCACUGAACACCAAAGCCCUGAUUCUGAUCUCAUUGACACCCAUGUAAUUCCAGAGCAACACCAUUAAAGCCACCUGAGGUAUCCUGGAUUUACAUGGAUGUAACUGACCUCAGGAGUUGACCUCCACCCCCCACACAAAAAGCCAUUGCUGUGCUAGGAACUGUCAUUUCCUAACCAAUUUACACCAUGGGGCAAACUCAGGCCUGGUGUAAGCAGCUGCAAUGCCAUUUCUGACUAUGCUUAGGGAAGGAGCUGUACAAUGGUUUAUUAUUGUAGGGUUACAAAUAAAGCCCAUUUUGUUUAUGGCCCUACUAAUGUAUUCUAGCAGAACAACACUCUAGCAGCCUUCAGGGCUCAUUUUUGGCCUCUGAGCCAUACCAAUGCCCCCUCCAUUCCAUGUCAAUCCCCCUACCUACUGCUGAUACAUGCAAAGGGGCACAUAGAGUCUGACUGCAGAAUAAGCUAGCGUGACAGCUGCCUACUGCAGGGAGGGGUGGAAGGCCAAGACCUGUCUCCUGGGACACCGGAAUACUGGCUAGGGCAUGGUGGAGCAGUGUGAAUGCCCAACGCCAGUUUACUAACCUGUGAGCUGGUGAUGAUAUGGGGGGCAGGGCUCCCAGAGUUGCACUGAAUGUAGUAAUUGACAUAAUGGCCACGGGCGCCUUGACAAGUAACAGACUGGUGUGUUGCUAACACAGUUGUGACACUGGCCCAUUCGUAGCAUAGUAACUGCUCAUCCCUCAGGUCACCUGCAUUGAUGUAGCGGCUUGACAGGGCUUUGAGCGAACUCGCUCGCUCCUGGCGUUAAAUGUUACAGGUACUUUCUGUUUAAAAUGUUUCUGUGAAUUACAGUCACAUAGUGAGAACAAACGUCAUGUCCCCUCCUGCUCCACAUGCAGCCCCUGUGCUCUCAGGUGGGGGGAAAAGGCCCUGGCUAGCACAAGGGUGGCGCACAAUCUGUUCAGGUGCCAGCUGAUGGGGAAAAUGCACAGAACACCCAUUCCCUGCUUUAGCCUAAUGUGACUCUACCUUCCCAUCCCUCCAGUGUCGGUGAGCCACAGAACCUGGUACACCCCCAUCUUACCCUGUGUGCAGUCAGUUACACUAGUGCAACGUGGUCAUGCAACCCGUUACCAACUAAUGGGCCAGACCCUCAGUUGUUGCAGCCUGUCAUAACUCCACGGAGGGAAAUAGAAGCACUUCUACUUCACAUCAGCUGAGGAGCUGGCCCAGGAAUGGGAGUGCUUGACACCCCCUUGCAGCACACAGGGUGCAAGCUAGGGGAGAAUCAGGCCCACAGGCCUCUGCAGUGGUGUGAUGGGCCCCGGUCAACUCCCAUUGAAAUCUAAAGAGGCUUGUUCUGCUGGAUUCUAUGGGCACAGUCGCCGUCACGUUCACUGUCCCUAGUUUCUUGGGGGUAGGGGAGACGGAGUGUGUGUGUGUGUAUCUGUGUGUGUGUGCACGUGUGCUGCUGUUCCUGUUCUGCAACAAAGACCCUCUCAAAGCAAACAGGAAAGUGUGCAGCUGUCACAGUAACCGCUUAACUCCCAAGCUGCUAGGCACAAACCAAGAGAAGGGGUUUUUUUAUGGGUUUUGCAUGGUCACUGAGAACGGAUGCUCCUGGGUGAAUGUGCUGCAGAGAAUUUCUCACUUUCUCAUGCACUAAAUGUCACUUGGGCUGUAUUUUUGCGGGGAGGGAACUCACCCCACAUAGAACGGCAGCACAAGUGCAUCUUAAAUUGCACCUACACCCUGAGUGGGACUGCAGGGGUGCUGAAGCUGCCUGCUGACCAUCUGUACAAGGGGUGGAUUUCACUGCUGUAGGUUAUGAACCUUCGGUGCCCAGACUGCAGCCUAAGGGUCAAAUCCAGCCCAGCCCAGCCUAAAACACAGCUCACUGCUGCUCUCUCCGUACCAGGUAAGGACGAAACUGUAGGGUUUGACAGCUGGUGAACUCAGACCACAAGCCAUUUCGCGUCAUAUUCCUUUACUGAGCAGGUAAAUGCUAUGGUUGACAUUUGCAAAGCUGUCUAGGGGAGUUAGAUGCUGCUCUAAUUAAAAAGGCACAUCUACAGCCCCUAGGCUGCUUGGAGACUUUCAGUCUAUGACUGUGUGCCUUUACUUUGUAUUUAAACAUACAACCAUAUAAGGGCAGAUUCAGGACAGUUUUUGGUGUUCUGGCAAGUUGCCCUUGAACGUUGCAACGUUUGGGCACCCAGAAUGGUAUGACAUGGGCUGAGCCUGCUGCAAGAAACACCAUCUCCCUGUCCCUCUUCUCAGGCCAGCUUUGGACCUCUAGGUUAUAACAUGUAUGUCGUGUCAAUAGUUUCCAAAAUGCAACAGAGCAAAAGAAUUGGAGGGAGGCUAUGGACCAGGCCAUCUCCAUGAAAUACUGUUGAAUAUGUAAAAAAAUAACAACCAAUGUUAUGGAACAUAGUGUAACAUAUAUAAGAUAUGUACUUUUUCUUUUUUAUUAUUAUUGUUUUUAAUAACACGAGUCUAAUGUGUAUUGCCUGCCUAAAUUGGUGUUUUCUUUCCCUGAGACUGCAGUUUGCAUUUGGCUUUUGAUGCUAAACUGAUGAUGACAGCUCAUCCCCCACCCUGGACAUGGGUUCUGCUGCUUCUUAAUUGCACCAGUAAGGCCCACUUGGAAGAAUGCCUCACGCAGAGCACAAGGCAGGUGCUCAGCACAGUUGGGGUAAAUGUGCUUAUUUACAUCAGCUGAAGAUCUGUGAGUUUGCAGGGUGGGAGGCACUGAGACCCAGGCUGGAUUCCAAAGGAGCAGGCUCAAGGGAUCCCAUCAAGAUCAAAACCAAGGGCCUUGAUUCUGAGUUCACUUAGAAUGAAAUUCACCCCUGGGCCUAUGCACACUGAUUAAGUCCCACCUGCUCUGAGUGGUGCCUAGACUUUGGGCUGGUAUUCUGCACAGGAGUGAAGGUCACUCUUACCCGCAUUUUACUCUGGUGCAACCCCAUUUGCUUCAGUAACUGGACAUGGGUGUAUGAGUGAAACCAAAAUCAGGCACUGGGGCCAACUCUCUGCUGGCAACGAUUGGUGCAGCUCCAUGGCAAUCACUGGACUUGGGGAAGUUUGCACCAGUAGAAAAUGUGCUGUUGUAUUUUUAAAAUUGCCUGUAGCUUUGUUACUAGCGCCACCUUUGAUUAUGAAAAAUGCCUGGGCAGCUCCUCAGCUGGUGUAGAUCAGCAUGGCUGCAUGGAAUUACAACAGUAUACAACAGCUGAGUUGCUGGCUCAGACCUCUGAAAGUGGUACAGCAAAGAGCCCAUUUCUCUCCACUUGGUGAAGCUUAAAGAAAGGCUGGUCAGUAACCGCACAGAAAACUGCCAUUGAGGCGAGUAGGGGAUGGAGCAUGCACACACUUACUGGUCGCACUUAUAGUAAGGGUCCUCUUACAAAAAGUUUACAAAAGGUGAAUAAAUAAUUAACAGAUGCUAUAAGCAUGUGACAGAUAUGAGUGGUAUGUGUGACAGCGGGUUAUAAACAAAUCAGGAGGCAGUGUUACAGAUGAUUAUAUGUAAUCUAUUGACCUGUUGGAUUGUAUAACAAUCUGUAAUAAAUG